CUGCGCACUCAGCCCCUGGUUAGCUCGCGCGUGGACCGAGUGCGAGGAGGCGCGUGAAGAGGACGUUAACAUGUUUCUGAGUAACUGAAAUUGACCAACUGCUGAAAAUUGAAGGGAAAACACAUCAUGCUUUAACAAUGCCGUCUUUGCGUGGCAAGUGCUUGAUAGCAAGCCAUUAAAUCAUUUGCGAGACUUUGGAUACAGUUCUCUAGAGUUAUUUGGACUUAAUCGGAAUCAUCAUAAUUUCAAUGAUGGCAUUUGCAAUGCUGCGGCCGUUAGCGACUCAUCUGGCGUAUCCGGAUGUUGCCAUGAUGUCCGAGGAUGAGGAAAAUCGCAGCGAGAGCGACGGCAGCUCGGAGCAAAGCUACGGCUGUUGCCCCAGUGCGGAGAAACGGCGACGGAUGUCGCGCAAGUCCACCGUGAGCGGUGUGGUGAUCGUCAAACAGCGCAAUGCAGCAAACGCGCGGGAACGCGACAGAACGCAGAGCGUCAACACGGCUUUUACGGCGUUACGGACUCUCAUUCCCACCGAACCUGUGGACAGAAAGCUGUCAAAGAUUGAGACUCUGCGCUUAGCGUCCAGUUAUAUCUCCCAUCUGGCCAAUGUACUCCUGAUAGGGGACGGAGGAGAGGACGCGCAACCGUGCGUGAGCGCGGUGUACAGCGCACAGGGAGAGAGCGGAGGAAAGCAGCCGCGCACUAUCUGUACUUUUUGCCUCAGCAGCCAAAGAAAAGGGGUGAAGGACAGCAUGGACUGUGUCCGCAUCCGGGGAAUCACUUCACUCCGCGUGACACGCCGGUAGCCAGCAGCCGGGAAUAUAUAGCAAUAUCAAGAAGAGGAAUAUCAAGGUGAAACUCAGGGAGCGCGAGAGGUGAAACACGCGCAGGACUCGCCAUUCAAACAAGACUUAAUUUUUGUUUUUGAUCUUUUGUCUUUUCUGUGUGUGUUUUGUAUAGAUGUAUGAACAUUUAAAUGCAGUGCAUACUUAUUUUUCCUUCUUUGUUUUCUAAAGAGAAUUUAUAAUUUUUUUCUACAUAAAUUGUUUUCUAUAACAUGAUGGAAUAAAUAUAUUUUUUAUCAGA